AUGGCGCCCUUGAAGACUCUCUUGGCCCUGGCCACCUCUGGCCUGGUGCCCUUGGCAUGGGCAAAGAGUGUCCACUUCGACUUAAACCUCACUUGGCAAAAGGGAGCGCCCGAUGGCAAUGCCCGAGAGAUGAUUUUCAUGAACGACCAAUUCCCUGGACCGGAAUUGCGAAUCAAUCAAGGUGAUGAUGUUGAGUUUGUUGUUCACAAUAACAUGCCCUUCAAUACGUCUAUUCACUUCCACGGCAUCGAGCAACAUAACACUCCGUGGUCUGAUGGGGUUCCUGGUCUGACUCAAAAGCCAAUUGAGCCUGGCCGAAGCUGGACCUACCGGUGGAAAGCCACUCAAUAUGGAACCUAUUGGUACCACGCUCAUGCUCGCUCUGAAAUGGCCGAUGGCCUGUACGGCGCAAUUUGGAUCAAUCCGGGUCCCGAAACUCUUGACCCGUUCCACCUGAUUUCGACCAACCCCACCGAUAUUGCGGCUAUGAAGAAAGCAGAGAAGAACCCUCAUCUUGUUAUGCUGUCGGAUUGGGACCAAUUGACAGCUGCGGAGUACCAACAAGUUCAGAGGGACUCUGGUUUAAACAUUUUCUGCAUGGAUAGUGUUCUGAUAAAUGGUCGCGGUGCCGUGUAUUGCCCAGGAACCAACAAUAUUUCCAGUGUUGAGCUAUUUUACCUCAAGACUGCCAUUGAUAACCAGCCCUUGACCGAUAAGGGAUGCUUGCCCAACAUAUACGAAACCCAAGGUGACUUCUCUCCGACCAACGAAGCCAAUGUUCCCCAAGGUCUCAAUGCUGGCUGUAAGCCUACCACUGGAUUGCACGAAAUUAUUACCGUCAAUGCCGACCAUGGCUGGGUCAGCUUCAAGUUUAUCAGUGCCGCCUCUAUGAAGUCUCUGAUGUUCUCCAUCGACGAGCACCCAAUGUAUAUCUAUGAAGUUGAUGGUAGCUACAUUGAGCCGCAACUAGCUGAGAGCGUUCCCAUCUUCAACGGAGAGCGCUAUGCGGCCAUGGUCAAGCUUGACAAGCCCUACAAGGACUACACCAUCCGUGUUCCUGACACUCAGGGUGACCAAGUCAUUUCUGGAUUUGCGACUAUGCGUUACCAGGGCUCUGAUAACAUCUAUCCCUCCGAGCCUUUUGUGGACUACGGUGGCCGAAGUACAUCUGGCUCUGUCAAGGCAUUGGAUCAGAGGAGCAUCAGGCCCUACCCUCCGGUCACUAUCCCAAGACACGCCGACCAGCUGGUUAACUUGACACUCGGUCGCUAUGGCUCUUCAUAUACCUGGACUGCAUCUGGAAAUGCCUUGUACGAUGUGAUGGCAAACUGGGAUGACCCCAUCCUCUACGACAUCGAUGCAAAGUAUAACCUAGCCGAUCAGGUGACCAUCCAGACCAAGAAUGGCACCUGGGUUGACCUUCUCCUGCAGCUAGGCAACAUGCCUAAUACUCCCUCCAUCCAAGCCCCUCAUGUGAUGCACAAACAUUCCAACAAGGGGUUCAUUCUUGGUGCGGGUCCUGGCUUCUUCAACUGGGCUAACACUGAGGAGGCCUACGCUGAGCAUCCCGAGCUUUUCCAGUUGGACAACCCUCAGAUGCGUGACACUUUUGUCACAUAUGGCCCCACUGGCCCAACUUGGAUGAUUGUGCGGUACCAGGUUGUUAACCCUGGGCCAUUCCUCUUCCACUGUCACAUCGAGACUCACCUAUCCAACGGCAUGGCGGUUGCACUUCUUGACGGUGUUGACGCAUGGCCCCAGAUCCCUGCUGGUGAGGACCAAAGCCCAGGCGCUGGCAAGGGACAGCCCCCCCACAGCAGUAUCUCAAAGCCUCAGCCCACACGCACACCAACCCCUUCCGCUACCCCUCUUUAUACCCCCAAGCCUGCGUCAACCACUACGACUCAGCCUCUUAGCUACUCUCCCCAGCCCAGUUAUUCCCCUCAGCCCAGUUAUUCCUCUCAGCCCAGCUACUCUCCUCAGCCCAGCUACUCUCCUCAGCCCAGCUACUCUCCUCAGCCCAGCUACUCUCCUCAGCCCAGCUACUCUCCUCAGCCCAGCUACUCUCCUCAGCCUUCUCCCAGCUCUGCAACUCCCAAGUCUCCAGUGACCCCCUCAACCCCGCAGGCAACCCCUACAGAUGAUGAUGUGGAGCCCUAUGGCUAUUGGCAUGAGCCUCAGCACCACCAUGAAGUUGAGCUAAAGAAAAUCGAAGUGAUUGAUGUCAUCGCAGAGGCUAGCGAUGUCCCCGAUAUGACGAUCGAGAGGUCGUACCGCCGGAGCGGUUACUAUCAGGCUCGUCACUGGUAA